AUCGGUGACCUUAUGAUGUAGCAACAGAGGUAAACGUCAGGAGCGUGGAAGGACAUAAUAAGAAAUAAUCAUGUAUAAAUGUCUAUUUCGGACGUUGCUCACGGCUCAGAAUUCAGCCGGCAGUGUUUAUGAGGCGUGUCUCUUGGCAGCUAAACGUAACAAAACGUCUGCUUCAAUUUUUAGGAUUUCAAAUGGAGCUGGAGUUAAAUGCUUGAGCACAGGUUCAGUCAAGCUCUGUCAAAAGAGUGAUGGUGUUGGUCUCUCUGAGCAAGAUGGGAAAGUAGAUACAGAAAAAGAAUGUGAGCACACUGAAACCAAACCUUUGGCUGAACAGAAAGCUACAGAUGAUGACAACUCCCUUAAGAUUUCUGAUAAACAGGAGGAGGCAGCAGUGUUAAUGACAAAUGAUGAAGGUACCAAAGAACAGAACAUUAGUGUCAUUACUGAGCAGGAUGCAGCAAAGCCAGAAACAGAAAAGGCUGUAGCAACCAAGAGUGAAAAGGAGAUGCUCCUGGACCUUCUUAGUGGAAUGAAAGUAGAAGUUACCAACAAGCGAAAGCUUAAAAAUCCAAUGGCAGACAAAGAAUAUGCCUUUAUGUCAAAGCCAACACCAAUACCAACAGAAAUGGAGAGCACCAUCAGUAUGUUUCAGAAAGCUACAGUGGAGGCUUCAUCUCAGAGUGAAACACUGAAUCCUGAGCUGGUUGCAGCUGCAUCUGCUGCCGCUUCCACUCUGCCCAACAGCAGCCAGGCUGAGUCUGAGCUGCUCCAGCAGCUGAGGCAACAUGAGUCCAUCACUGAGGCUCAAAAGAAAGGAGACAGUAACAUUGGAUUAAUAAUUGCCAACAUGAAAGUUGGCAGAGGUCCUAACCGACAGAACACUAGGCCAACAAAUCAGAUCAGGUUUGACGAAGAUGAGCAAAUGUACACACGUGACAGAGGAAUCACUAAUGAGCUGGAUAGUGUUUGGAAAAGGAAGAAAUUAUUUACAGUGAAAAGACUAAACAUCUUCGUCCCCCCUACCGAUGAAGAUGCAGUUGAACCAACUGUUGCUCGACCAACUCUGUGGGAUGUAGACUUUGCUAAUCAGUUGUCACUGCUGACCGAUCAGAUGCCUCAAAACGGAAUUGAGGAAAUGAUUCUAUGGACCAAACAAGGGAAAGUGUGGCAGUACCCCAUCAAUAAUGAAGAUGGCCUUGAAGAGGAAGCUAACGUCCCGUUUCAUGAGCAUGUCUUCCUGGAGAAACACUUAGAAGAAGGGUUCCCACGUCAGGGUCCUGUGCGUCACUUCAUGGAUCUUGUGGUUGCUGGUUUGUCAAAAAAUCCAUACCUGACUGUCCAGCAGAAGAAGGAUCACAUUUCCUGGUUCAGAGACUACUUUCAUCAAAAAGAGGAUGUUCUCAAGGAGGCUGACACUUACCUCAACUAAACAAAGGAUGUUUUCAACAACUGUUGACUGUUGGACACAUUAAUGCACUGGACCACCAAGACCAACUUUGGCAACUGAUUUAUAGUAUAAGAUGGAUGUUGUUCAGUCAAAACCCUGUAUAACAAGUCCAGCUAAAAGAGGUUUAUUUUCGUGUCUUUAUCCUUUGUGUAUUAUUUACAGAUGGAUCAUGGAAGUAUGGAGAAAAUAUACAGAAAAACAUAUUGCCUUUUAAAUAAAAAGCAUAAAUAAUAAAGGUAUGUUUUGUUGCUCUUUUA